AUGAGUUUCAGAGAUAUUCUACCCACUGAUGCGCCCACCGAAGAGCUCAUCACAACAGAAGAACCUCUGGAGGAAUAUGAUGCUUAUGAUGAGCAAAGUACAGAACCAAUCGCUGGACCCAAUCAACUUGAGGACACUGACCGUUUUACAGAAGAGCACACAGAGGACCACACCGAGCCUCCAAAGACUAAAGCACGAUGUUUCCUUGAAAGAGAUUCUGGCCGUGUUUGUGCAUCGUAUGUGUCCAGUUGGUACUACAGCCAGCAGACUAAGAAAUGCUUGCACUUUUGGUACGGUGGGUGUGACGGAAAUGAAAACCGAUUCUUGACAGAGGAAGAGUGCUUUAGAGAGUGUGGGUCCACAGAAUCUGAAAAUCUUCCACAGGAUGAUCCCAGUAUAUUCAAGGACAUUUGCCAGCUUGAGUAUGACGCAGGAACUUGCUCAAACUUUGCAGUGAAAUGGUACUUCAACGUCCGCAGUGGUGAAUGCGCCCAGUUCUGGUACGGAGGCUGUGAAGGGAACAGCAACCGCUUCUACACUCAGGAGGACUGUGAGAAUCGCUGUCUCAGGGCCAAAAAAAGCAUCUCCUAACAAAUCCAAACUGUGAUAUCUAAAUGCAAAAUCCAUUUAUCUACGUUUGGCAGCUUCUGGAUUCAUGAUCGUAUUCUCAUCAUUGAUUAUCAAAUGGCAGCCCUAGAGGCAAGUCUUGAAGUUUUAACGAAAUGUAUUUGUACAGACGAGUUAAUACAGGCCUAAUGAUUUAA